AUGGGAUCACAAAGGACGCCCAAGAUACUAUCACGGAACGAUGUGAUUGACCUCCUAGCUGAGGAGAAGGUCAUAGUGAUUUACGACAGACUGGUAUUAAAUUUAACAUCGUGGAUAUCGAGACAUCCAGGUGGGGACAAAGCCGUUUAUCAUAUGGUGGGAAGAGAUGCCACUGAUGAGAUGAAUGCCUAUCAUGAUCCAAAGACGUUGAAAAUGUUCAAGAAUUUCAAAAUUGGUGAAAUUGAUCAUGUUUGGGAGAAUCUCUUACCACCUAUUCAAGGGGCUGUGUAUGAAAAAGGACGUUAUGUUGAGAUCAAGACUGGUGAUUUGGAUUCUAAAUUGGAUGGUAAUUUGUCAGAAAGCGGUUCCGAUUUGGAUUUACAAUCGUUACCUAGCUCGAUUUCUGAUAAACUGGAUGAUAUUCCGGUAAAGGAGAACGUAACACAACAGACUGAGUCUGAUCCCAAGAUUGUUAAACCAGUGGUGCCACAAAAUGUAUUGGUUACUGAAUCAAAUAAAGACGUCUUGUUUCCAGUUCAACAUUCCCCCAUUGUUGAUCCAAAGCUUCUUAUGGAAAAUUAUGAUAAUCAAUUGUCUCAGCAAGAUAUAUUGUCUGUUCCUUCAUUAGAUUACAAAACACAAAGGUAUCUAAGAGAUGAGUAUAAUAAACUACAUGAAUUUCUCAUUAGUCAUAACUUUUACCAAUGUGAUUACUGGGCGUAUGUGAGAGAAGUUAUCAAAAUUGGAUCACUUUUCUUGUACUCGUUAUCAUUUUUCAAAUUGAACUGGCUCAUUACCAGUGCUUUAUUUAUGGGUAUGGCGUGGCAUCAAGGUACAUUCAUUGCUCAUGAUGCUGGACAUGUUUCCAUCACUCACAAUUACCAAUUUGAUAAUCUUUUUGGAAUGAUUAUUGCUGAUUGGUUCGGUGGAUUGAGUUUGGGCUGGUGGAAGAGAAACCAUAAUGUUCAUCAUUUAAUCACCAAUGAUCCAGUUCAUGAUCCUGACAUUCAACAUUUACCAUUUUUCGCUGUCAGUGUGAGAUUAUUCGAUAAUGUUUAUUCAACAUAUUAUGAAAAGAUUUUGUAUUUUGAUGCAUUUGCCAAAGCAUUGGUUCCAUUGCAACAAUAUCUUUAUUAUCCCAUAUUGUGUUUUGGAAGAUUUAAUCUUUACAGAUUAUCAUGGACACACCUUUUAUUAGGACAAGGUCCAAGAAGAGGUAAAGCAGCUUGGUUUAGAUACUUUGAACUUGUGGGGUUGAGUUUUUUCUUUUAUUGGUUCUUUUACGUGUUGGUUUACAAGUCAAUUGAUGGCGGAUGGAAUAGAUUCAACUAUGUAAUGGUGAGUCAUGUUGCUACAAUGUUGGUUCAUGUACAGAUCACCUUGUCCCACUUUGCAAUGUCAACAUCAGACUUAGGGGUCAGUGAAUCAUUUCCAUCAAGACAGCUUAGAACCACAAUGGAUGUUGAUUGCCCUGAAUGGUUGGAUUUCUUACAUGGAGGUUUACAAUUCCAAGCUAUCCAUCAUUUGUUCCCCCGUUUACCUCGUCAUAAUUUUAGACGAGUACAGCCCCAUGUUAUUGAUUUUUGUAAAAAAGUUGGACUUCCUUAUUCGAUUUAUGGGUUUGGUGAAGGUAAUGGUGUUGUUAUUAGCAAAUUGGCUGAUAUCGGAAAACAAUGUACAAUCCUAUUAGAUGCAACAAAGAAAUAUGAUGGUGAUUUGUACUAA